AUGAGCAAGCCAGCUGACGGCUUCCAGUUUGAGCUCAUGGAUCUCAAAAAAAAGGGCUGGCUGAAUAGCUAUGAGUUCCGGCACUCACUCUCCGCCCUGGGCUUCGACUUGUCCAAACCGGAAUAUUACCAACAACUAGAAACGCAUGGGCAUCCGCCCCAAGACUGGGCGGAACCACACAACUGUCCUGUCAACCGACUGCUCGUUUAUCUCGACCAGUUUCGCUUAUGUGCCGCCAGGCUGAUUGCAAUGAGGGAUCCACGCGACGAGGCGACCAAGGUCUUCGGGAUGUUUGAUUAUGACGGCGAUGGUGUCAUCUCGUUCGACGAUAUGCGCCACCUCGCGCAGGAUAUCAAGGACGAGAGAACAAUGACAGACGAAGAGAUACAAACCAUGAUUGAUCACUUGGACCAUGACGGCAAGGGGGGCGUCAACUUGGAGGAGUUUAUACAGAUGAUGGAGGAGGCAGGCUGA